AUAAAAUUUCCCCUAUUAACUCUUCUAUCGCCCCUACAAAUUGGUAAGUAAAAUUCAUUUUUUUCUCAAAUUAAUAAAUAAAUAAGUAAAGAUUAAGAAACUUAACCACCGAUAUUUUUUUCAAACUUUCUGUUACAUUAUUAGGAAGUAAAAUUGGUAACCCUUAUGUAGUGUGAUUAUACCUUUAGUCUUGAGAACCAGUCCGCGGAAAGAAGACAAGCAGAGUAUAUAAUCUUAGACAAGCAGUCACAAAUGGUCUGAUCAGAGAGGUUAGAAAUGAGUGGCAAUAAAUUUAUAAAUGAAUAUAGUAUAAACAAAAGUAAAGUAAAACCAAAACCUUCAAUUUAUUAAUUGUUGUGACUGUCAUGGUGAAAGCAGUGUUAUCGUGAAAUUAGAACAGGAAUAAGAUGAUACCGUGCCUGCGUAGUUUGUAGUGAUUUUUUUUAUUACUUCACUUUUUUCCAAAUUAUCUAACCUUGCGUCAGAUUAUAAAAAACUACUGUUAAUAAAAUCAGUGUUCAUCCAAUUUCACGGUUGUGAUCGUCUACACCUUAAUAUUAAUUAUUUAUUAUCAAUACUUUUUUCGAAAUUUAAUUUUAUAAUUUUUUUCUCAAAAUGAAAAACAAUAUUACGUUGUAUGUGUACGUUGUUCAAUAAUUGUAUUAUGUAUGGAAUUAUUGCAUGAGGGUUAUGUUGCAAUUGCAGAAAAAUAAAUAAAUAGAGAAAGUAUAGAGUCUAGUGAAAUACCUCCAAACUUGAAAGAUAUGCUAUAUGAGUAUGGAUCGUCCAACAGUUUUACAAGACAUGAAUUUAUAUCUAUUCUAAGAAUAGGCAAAAACUAACCAUUAAAUAGGGUUUUCUUUUAGAAAGAUGUGGAUUUCAGAAAAGAAAAUGUGUAAGUUUGUGCUUUAUUGUCAUAUGUUCCCGUGUUAUUAUCUAAUUCUAUGUAUAGGUAACUUCAAUUGCCUCUAAAAAAAUUAACUAUAUGUUUUGUCUGGUUUAUACUAAUAAAUAGGAUCAAAAAUUUGAAAAACUACUAAUUCUGAAUAUUAACAGAUGAGACAAUAAACAAUAUACAAAGAACAGUAAUAAGAGGUAUGAGGUACCUAAAGUUUAAUUAGUAAAUUAAAAAUAAUGAUGAUUGACAUUGAAAUAGGAGCAAAACAAGACACAUUAUUGGAUUAUAGUGAGAAUGAAACAAGAUGGUCAUGUUAAGACAGUGUUUCUUAACCUUUUUGUGCCAUGCCCAUCCAAGCCUUUCUAAAAUACUUAUGUCCCUCCUAUGUAACAUGUACAUAAUUUUAAAUACUAAAAAAUUGAAUUGUAAAAUUAAUAAACUUAAACGUUUGGUGUUACGAAGAAAUUACUAGGAAAUUGUCAACAAAACACAGUAAGUAAAUUUUCGAACAUAUAAUGGAAAACUAAAAUUCAAAUUCGACAUAAUUUUAAUAAGAUUUUAAUUAAAAGCAGAACCUCCCUUUACCCUUCAACUCUAUAAAAACUGAAACAUCAAUUUAUAUAAAAGACUAUAUUAAUAUGUAAUCUACUACUAAAUACACACGCAGGUAUAAAGAAAAAAAUACUUCUUAUAGUCAGUUGGCGUCAGUCGACUGACCCUUGAGACUGGUUAAACUUGUAUAGAGUCUAUUUUCAAAUUGCCCUCCUAAGGGGCGUGGGCCCCAUGUUGGAAAGCACGGCGUUUAAACCAUCCGAGAAACUUAGAUGAAUGAAUAAUGGGAUGGGUAAAAACUUUUUACUGAUAGUGUAUAUAAUACUUAAUUUAAACACAUCGAGUUUUCCAUGUUUCUUUUAUAAUAUAAAAGAUAUUAAAUAAAAAAAUCUGACUGGCCAGGAAUCUUCAUUAUCCCUGUUCUUCAACAAUUUCAAACAAUAUGGUCCUCAUGAAUAUGGGGUUUUGUGAAUAUUCAAGAAUCAAUUAUUAAAUGUAACUUUUACCAUAACAAAUAAAAGGUAAUAUCUUCCUGUACAAAUGUCAAAUACUUUUUACAGACCUAUCAACAUUGACAGGUGUUUAUUUAAAAGAUUCUGUAUAAGACAUUCCAAAAUGAUAACAUUCAAAACUUACAUAAUAUUCUUAUUUUUAUUGAAAAUACAACAAAUAUGCAGCAUAUGGCCUCCAGAUUUCAGUGUGGAUUUAUCCAAUGAAGAAGUAUUUGUAAUUUCAGAUCCUUUGGAAAGAAGUGAAUUAAAAGAUGUAUAUGAUGAAGAAGAAAUGAUUAAAAAAGAGGAAAUUAAGAAACUAAAUGUACAAUCCGAUGCCGAUAAAUAUUAUAAUUUGCACAGGAACCAAAAAAAUUAUGAAAAACCCACCAUUAAGUUUGAAUCUCGGAAGAAACGUGUGUAUGAAGAAUUUAACGCUGAUAAGGAGUAUGAGGAACCUUUUAAAGGAGAAUUUUCAAAUAAGGAUGACGUAAUUUAUUUUGACGUCGAGGCUAUCGGUUUACCUAGUAUGAAAAGAAAACGAAGUGAAUACAAGAAUAAUUCAGAUGAAAACUAUGAUUACUUAAAAUUACAAGCUGAGUUUGAUAAACAAAUCAAAGAAGUUGUUAAAUCUAAUGAUACAUUAAACUACACCGAUGUUAAAGAAGAAGAAUCUGUUAAAGAUAUUUUGAAAGAACUGGUAGAGAUAAAGAAACCUAGAAAUUGUACUGAAGAAGAAAGAAAAGGGAUAGGUUUGGCUGCUGUAGAGUGUUUGUGGAGUGAUUUACAAAAACCAAAGUUGAAAAGUCAUGUAUUAGAAAGAAUAUUAAGAAUAGUCUUGAUAUGGAUCUGUGUCUACUUAGUCAUUGCGCUUCCAUGUUGGUGUCAAUAUGGAUGGUGUUGCUGCUGUUUCACUUGCAAAUUUUGUAAACCACGUGAAAGCAUUGAAGAAGUUAAACAAUUUUUUGCACAAAAUCCACCAGGAACAUUUCACGAUAAAGAUGGAAAUGUCAUCAAAUACACCCCAACCAAAUACGAAAAAUACGCUCAAAAGAAGCUCGAAAAUCAAUUGAGAAAUUUGUGAAAUAACAAUUUGUAAAUAAAAGUUAUUUACUAUUGUAAAAAUUUUAACUCUUUCAUUUCCACCUAAUAUAAACAUAAAGUUUGUGAAGAAUAACAAAAUUAGUAAGACAGA